ACUGCUAUUAUUGUGUUAAUUUGUCUUACAAUGGAAAUGCACUAAAAGUGAACUUGCUCUAUUACUACGUGACAUUUUAACUAAAAUGGAAGCCAACGAUUUCAUAGUGCGUUUUAAGGCAAAUGGCACAGAGAAAGAUUUGUGUGAUUUGCGUCAAGUGUGUGACGAUUACAAACUUAUAUUGUCUAAUUUAGGAGCUAAAGAUAAAGGAGCCUUCGCUUUGAAUGUUCUCUGUAUAUUGUGCAGAAACCUUGACAAAGUACCAACAUGGAAAGACAGAGUGGAUGGAAGAACUCUUGUCGUAUUGACCGUGGAAUGUGUACAUGAGACGCGUGGCCUUCCACGAACUGAUCAAGUGAAGGUGCUGGCGUGCAUCUAUCACAUACAAAAACAUGUGAUUAAAAUGACCUCAUCUAUACCACCUGAGCUAGUACUGAAACUUUCGUUUAUGCCCUUUGAAUGGGAUGUGGAAUCUAUGCUGGUAGAAUAUUGUAAAACAUACUGGAACAUUCUGGUCGAUCGAAUCGCUUACAUAGAGAGGCUAAAAUCAAAGACUUCAAUAUCAAAGUUACUACCAAAAACUUUAGAAGAUAUUCUGAAAGUUUUACAAAUAUAUGAUUCUGUGCAGUUUUGCACAAAUAUUCUUACGUUUUUAAUAAAAAAACUGCACUUCCUGUACAAUGAUACGAAUACCAAAGAGUUGCAACAGAGUUUCGGUGAGAUUUUCAAAGUUUUAUCAAGUAAAACAGAUCUGGUAUCAUUCAAGAAGUUAAAACCGAAAGAAUUAUUAGAUGUUUAUGUCAAAUUUAAUGAAUGCUUCUAUGUGAUUGCUGAAAAUGCAUCACGAGCGAAAUUUGAGAAUUGUCUGCUCAACGUGGUGGUACGAACAGCUAUAACUGUCUUGGGACACAAUUAUGAAAUCAUGAGAUGUCUAGAGACUUUUUACCUGAACGGUUUUUGCAGUAUAUUUGAUAAUCAAACCAAUCCGUUGACCAUAGAAAAUGUUUUGAACAACAUGUUGGUUUCAUGUACAGAUUUAGAAAAACUUGGAUAUGAGAAAACUAUGCACACCACGUAUUCAUUUCUGAAUCAAUUCCUAAGAGUUUAUCUAGAGUUUACUGUGUCAAAUAAAAAAUUAGACUGGAAUUCCUAUUUCAAUGAAACUAUGCAGAUAUCUUGUUUGAAUCUCAUGUUGCAUUUGAGCAGCAGAAAGAGCGAGCAAUUCCUAAAAUGUGACAAUUGUACAGUUAAGAGUAGCUUACAUGACUCUUUGCGACUUCUGUUUCUUAUAAAACACUUUCCUGUUGCUUCUAUAAGCCAGAAAUUAGACAUAACCAAUUUAUUACCUGUAUACUACAAGUUAGUGAAUGUUCAACACAAAAUAUUGUACGAACUCAAGCGAUUAGGUUGUGCAAAUCACCAAAAGUGCUUUACGAAGCUUCAGACAGACAUUCACAAUACGGCAAUAGCAUUGAACAAAGCAAAUUACUACGAAUACUCUAUCAAAUUGUUCAAACUGUACAUAGAAUUUGAGAUACAUUCCUUAAAAGAUGCUAAUGAGUUGAGAAAUAUAAGCAGGGCUUUGUACAAUAAAAGUAUAUGUGAAUUAGAUAACAAAUUGUUUUAUGAAGCAUUGAAAGAUGCAUACUUGAGCUUGAUAUUCUCCUUACCCGAAGGGUUAGGGUCGGAGAAAUGCAUGAGUCUAGUUAUGGAUAUAAAAGCGAAAUCGUUGAAAAGCAAUCAGGGAGAAGAUGAGAUACAGCUAGCGUCUGCAUUUGAGAUAUGUAAAAAGUGUCUUGACGAGAAACUGUAUGGUAAUUUAAAACCUUUCUUUGUCAACGUUAAGUUUAGUGAAGUUUUGCAACAUGAAUUUAAGAUGUACGCUAAGCUUUGGCCUUCCAUUGUGCCGAUAGCUGGUGUUUGGGCUUCUCUCUAUGAUUUGUUAAAGGAAGAUCAAAACUGGAUUGAUGGUACUGAAAAUUCAAGAUGGACUCUAUUUGAAGUAAUGUUUGAGACGGUCACCAUUGUAAGGACUGUUCACAGCGAACAUUAUACCCGUAUUGUGGACAAGUUGCUAGAUUGGUUUGCGAGUGAGCAUGACGGAAGCGUAGAAACUAAAUUUGUUCAUGCAGCUAUCCUCUUCUUGCGCUGCGAAUAUGAUUUGGCUGAAGCCAGUCAGAAAUAUGAGUGGAAAUCGGCGGAACCGAGUAUGGACCCCGAUCAGGUGCAAGCUAUUAGAACCAUACCACAGGAACAUGAAGCUACCAAAAAAGCUAUAGCAGCUGUUCAUAUACUCAGUCAAGCUGUCAAACAUAUUGAGACAGUUGGUAAACCUGGAUGGCUUCACUCCUGUCUACAAUUAUACCAAGUGUUCGUGUAUCAGUUAUUGCAUCUCGCUCGCACAAUACCCGCCUUGCAUCUGGCCCACGUGUGCUGUAUAAUAGCCAAACACAUAGAUGAUAGUGAAUCUUUUGUACGCAAUGCGAGUGUAUUGCUAUCACACGCGAGAACGUCUGGCCCGGAAACGAUGCAACUUAUAACGGAUUGUAGCCACCUUUGGAGUCGAGCAACUCUGCAGACCGCAAUUUGCUUCAUGUGUGACGCUGCUAUUUAUUUGAGUAAAACCGGUUCCAUCGGCGCCGCAGCGAGACUAGUGCAAAUGGCCCAAGCUAAGAUAUUAGAAAAUCACAAUUCCAACCAGCCUGUCACAUUGGAUCUAGCUGUAGGCCGGUUGGCCGAAGCGCAGGCUCAGCUGUGUGGCGGGGUCAACGCCCUCAGCGUGGCCAGCGCGAUACAGAGGCACUACCUGACCAUAACCAAUAAUGAAACAAAAUGGACGUCCCGUCGCAUUUUGGCUCUCAUAUUAAAAAUGCUCAUAUGUACAUCUAGUAUGAGCACGACCAGCGUAUGCCGUUCUCUGUUGCUAUGGCGACGAGCGAGAUGCGCUUGCGCAGCCUGUCUCCCAGUGGCUUCAGCCGUAAUCCAAGCGAGACUCUACUCCUCCAUCACUAACGUUCACAAAACGGAUGAUGCACAGACUAAAAUAGACAACAGACUCAAACACAUACUAGGCUUACAGCCCUCAAACGAGACUCAGUUAUACAAAACAGAGCCAUCGAAACCCGAGCUCUUUACACCCAGACACGAAAACUUGGAGACCAUGUUAGAAGACCACGUCUUCAAGAAAACCCAGAUCAGUCCGUCUUUGCCUUGCACCUCAGUCUACGGUUACAAAAUGCCCGACUUUCUGAAACACGACAAUUGCCAAUGUUCUUUAUGUGACAAUCCGAACAGUUUCCUCAUAGCCUGCACGUCUUUCGGUCUAGAAUCUUCUAUGUACUACAGAGCGAAAGAGAUGGACAUAGCCCGAAACUACUUCGAAGGCACCAUAAGAAGUUUCGGUUACGCCGAAAGCAAGUUGCGCUCUUAUUUCAAUAGGUGCAGAGGCGAGAAUCCCUUGUACAUUGUCGAUAUGGUGGAAAAUAUCGUUUAUGAAGACUUCAAGAGCGUACAAAUCGAAAUCCUUAUAGAAGCCGCAUUCUUUGAACUGUCCAAGAAAGCUUUUGAAAGAGCAGACGACCAUAUAGUCAGAGUACAUGAAAUCCUACAGGAUAUGUCGUCACCGAGUGCUUACUUGCGCAAUGACGUCAUGAAUCUGAUGACUGCGUCCGCGCAGAUAAGAAAAGCGGCCGUGAAACCGGUGGAAACUGGCUUAGAAAUAGAAAUGGAGUCUUUGAAACUGUCUCCAGGCAAGGAACCUCCCAAAACUCCGGUUAACAAAGCGAAGAUACCACCGGUUUUAACUAAAAACCUGGUUAAGGACGAAGAUCUGCCUGCGGUUAAACGCAAAGUGAUAAAACUCAACUUGGACGAAGGACAAGAGGAGAAAGAGACCAAAAGACCUGUCAGAAAGAGAGGGGAAUUCAAAAUACCUGUUCCGGUUACGAAGAAACCUGUUCUAGAAAGUAUAACGCCUAGACCGACUCGAUCUAAACCCGAAAUAUUGAUAACUAAACCGAGCGAAGACGUCAAAAUGACGCCAAAAGUCGAUAGCACUGAGUUUUUCACACCAAAGUCGACUCCGGCCGAAGAGUUCUUCACACCGAUGUCGACAUUGAAAACUUAUUCGAAAAAAUCUUUAAGAACAAACAUAGUGAAAAAUCUUGAAGCGGAAUUUUCGACGCCUAAAACUGACAAGGAAAAUUCGACUCUAAACGCUGAAACUAAUCUCUUAGACGUACCGACUACAACAGGGAGAGCUGUAAGGUCGAAAAUCGAUAAGAAAGUUUUGAAACGAGCUACCAGUCCAGGAAAAUUGGUUAAAGAGGUGAAACCUACCAGGUCUCGGCUUAGGAACCCUGUCAGCUUCAAAGUGCACGAAGACAAAGGAAAAUGAGCUUUAUUUGUUAGGUGGUAAAAACUAAUUUGGAUUUGUAACAUUAUGACUGAUUUUGGGGCCAAAAUGAAUUCUAUGUAGAUUAGUUAAAAACAUUAAAAUAAAAUUAUUACAAAGAUUUCUUUGCUUUGUUUAAUUCUGUAAAACUUUUUAGCGGAAGAUUAAAAAAUAAAUUAAUUAAAAAAAAAUUAAUUAUAAAUUUAUUUUGAAGAAAAGUUUUACUAGAACCACGC